CGAGUCGAAGACUUAAAAAGUGGCAAACAAUUGGGGUUCAGACUUCAGGCUGCCGCUGCCCCUGACCUAAACGGCUAAACUUCACACUUCACAGCGGGUAUAUAUCCUGUAUAAACCCCCUUCUUCUUGUUUGGCUUCCUUGAAUUUGUAAACAACUGAAGUAGACGGAGAGAUGGGUGAGCAGAGCAGCAACUUUGAAGUUGAUCUUGGGAAUCUAAUGGCUUUUGACCCUCAUCACCAUUUCUCAACUCCGCCUUCCAGAGAGGAGCUGGUAAAGGAGAGCAUACAGCAAGGCACCAAACUAGUUCAAGCAAUUGCUGAUUCUCUAUUUAGCUUAACUUCAACUGAAGACCGAGAUGGACCCAUUGUCAAAUUGCCUCCACCCACAACAAGAUUGCCAAGAGAGAAGCCUCUGCCAAAGCCUAGACCUCCAACAAAAUGGGAAGAGUUUGCCAAAAAGAAAGGCAUCAAGAACUACAAGAAGGACAAGCAGGUGUUUGAUGAACAAACUGGUACCUGGAAGCGUCGGUAUGGAUAUGACCGUGUAAACGAUGACAAUGAUGUUCCAAUUAUCGAAGCAAAGUUGACUGAUGAGCCAGGACAGGAUCCAUUUGCUAAGAGGCGCACGGAAAAGAAGCAACGAGUAGAAAAGCAAGAGAAAAACCGCUUACAUAAUUUAAAAGAUGCAGCAAAAGUUGGUGCUCUGCCAAGCCAUGUUCAACUUGCUGCCACAGCAUUGCCUAUAACAGGGACACAAGCUGCGCCUAAAAAAAUUAGUAAGGAUGAACUAGGGAAUGUUGCUGGUAUGGCAGCAACUGCAACUGCCAGUGGUGGUAAGUUUGACAAGAAAUUGGCUGGUGAGAAGCCAGCAAAACAUGACAAGAAAUAUCGAAAGUUCUUACCAGUAGUGGAAGGAUCAGGAAUGGGCUCAUUAGAACGGCAACAAACUGAUAAAGUUCUGAACAAGUUAUUGUCCUCCAAUUCCCACAACAUACUUGAUGUUAACAAGGCCGUUAACUUUUACAAUGUAAAGAAGGACAAGAAGCGAAAACAUCAAGGAAAGGAUCAAGGGAAAACCUCAUCGACGUCAAGCAAGUUAAAAUCCAAGAAAAGUCCUUACAAGAAAAUGUCAAAGAAAGGAUCUUCUUCUGAGGGCAAGUCAAAAAGAAACUGAGCAUGAGGCACAUCAUGAAGUGGUUGUUGAGACUUGGAACUGCAAGUUGCCAAUCAGGGAGAAGAUAAGCUUGUAGUUGGAAGUUGUUUUUUAUUGCCCCGAGGAGAUCUAAAAAUUUAAUGAAUCAUAAUGUUGAGAAAGAAGUGCAAAGGUAAUUUUCAAAUAGUUCGUUAUUUAACUUUUUAGAUUGAGAAGGGGCAGAGUUGUGAUCAAAUUUGGCAGUGCGCUUCUUUUACGCUAGUGUCUAUUCACCGUACUACAAUGUGUGGUAGCAGUUGUUUCCCUCCGAAAAUGAAAUUGAUUUUUGCUUACUGCUUAGGGUUCUUAUUGCAAUCUUGUACCCUUUAUAUAACAUAUAUUAAAUAUGAAUUCAGUUUGUUGGUUUA